AUGGGGAAACCCCGCAUGAUCAUAUUGAUCCGCCAUGCCCAGUCAGAGGGAAACAAGAAUCGCGAUAUUCACCAGUUCAUUCCCGACCAUAGAGUGAAACUGACGCAGCAUGGCUGGACUCAGGCAGAAGAGGCAGGACGACAGCUACGGUCUCUCCUCAAGCCAGACGACACCCUCCAGUUCUUCACCUCACCCUACCGUCGCACGCGCGAGACGACCGAAGGCAUACUCCGUACCCUGACCUCCGAUGACCCAACACCAUCGCCCUUUCCUCGCAAUAAGAUAACCGUCUUUGAAGAGCCCCGGAUACGCGAGCAGGACUUUGGCAACUUCCAGCCAUGUUCAGCCGAGAUGGAGCGCAUGUGGCAAGAGAGGGCCGACUAUGGACACUUCUUCUACCGCAUACCUGAUGGCGAGAGUGCGGCUGACGCGUACGACCGAGUCAGUGGCUUCAACGAGAGCCUGUGGAGAUCGUUCCAGGACGACAACUUUCCCAGUGUAUGCGUUCUGGUCACACACGGGCUGAUGUCGCGUGUCUUCCUUAUGAAAUGGUAUCACUGGUCCGUCGAGUACUUCGAGGAUCUCCGUAACGUCAACCACUGCGAAUUCAUAAUCAUGAAGCGAAGCGAGAACAACGGCCGAUACAUCCUCCAAAACGAGUUACGAACAUGGUCGGAACUCAAGCGCCGUGCUGCGAAGGAGAAGGAAGAGACAAAAAGCGCCACCUCAUCUACGCCGAGCAGGGCCACACCUUUGACUGGACUGGGCCAAGGCAGCGUCACCGCAUCUCCCACCAUACCCACGCGCCGAUGGGGAGGAUGCGUCAACGGAUGUGACCAUGACAAGAUUAACUACCCCCGUCGGCCGAUGCGCAAGAAUACUAUGGAGUAUAUGGGACAAUCGCAACAGCUGCCCCCGCCGGCAGUCUCACACAUGGAGCCUGUAGAAAGCGAACAGGAGGACCAUCCAGUGGCAGCGCAGCAGACAGAACACGCUCCCAUAAUCAACGAGCCCUCGCCGGCGAAGCUAUCCCGGAAGCAGAGUACUAAGGGUGCCACGAUGCCGGAAAUGCCCCCAACGCCAGCAUCCCCAAACGAUGCCUCCAAUGACGCGACAAGCAGUGACGAAGGGGAAGCAACAUCGUCCAUGUCACGCUCAGGUAGCCAUGCGCAGCCGAGAACCGCAGCUGUCCUCCGCCACCUACAACCUCAUAAGACACCAGGCGAGGGUUUCUCGGAUGAUUCCGACUACUUCCCGGGCAUGCAACAAAUACAACACCGCAAGUUCCUCCGAGCGAGCUCUACGCAGCGCAGACAAUCCAAAGAACGCAAACUGCAGCGCAAACAGACAGAGCAGAGCUGGAAAGAGGAAUCCGGCAUGGGUAACGGCGUCAGGACGGAUAGAUUAGGCGACGGCGAUGCCACCAGCGAUGACGCUGCGUUCGCGAAGGAGAAGGAAGGCGAACCAAUACUGUCGGAAGCGUUAAAAGGCAACAUGAUUGUCGAGAAUAGCGAGGAGGAUAGGGAAUCUGGGGAGGAAGAGAAGAAGAUUGGCGAGACGGAGAUUGACAAGAUGCAAGACGCGGAGAGAAAGGGCUUUGGUGAGGUAUAUUAA